AUGGUGCCGACUGAUACUUAUGCUCAUGACGAAAGGAUUCAGAACUUUUGGAAAGAUAGAAUGGAGAGGGUCAAAGCUAUUACUAAAGUAAGAAUUUUCGUUUUAAUUUUAACGCAUAAUUUAACUGUUUUAUUGGUAAAUCUUAAGUAAAGCCUUGUUUUAGGAAGAAUACCGAGAACUGACAAAGAAAGGUGAACUUCCAUUGGCUCGGAUAAAGAAAAUCAUGAAGAUUGAUGAACAAGUCAAGUCAUUAGUAAGUUUUCGUGUUUUUUUGUUAUUUUGGGUUUAGAUGAUUAGCGGAGAAGGUCCAAUUAUGGUGGCAAAGGCUUGUGAGUUCUUUAUUGAGGAGCUAACGUUGAGAGCUUGGAUUCAUGCUGAACAAACUCGAAGAAAAACGUUAAACAAGUCGGAUAUUAGUAAUGCUACUACUCAGAGUGAGAUGUUCGAUUUUUUGGUUGAUUUGGUGCCAAGAAUGGGGCGUCAGCCGAAUGCUCCGCUCGUGAGUUUUAUGCAACAUUGGUUAUCAAAAGAUAUUUUGAUUACAGAGGAUUUUAAUUGAGGUUUGAUGUCUAAAAUACGAAUUCUAGUGUUUUGACAAUUUUUUAAAACAUAAAUUUAGUUUAAAAAGAUCAAAAUGUGUUUGUAAAAGCUCAAACGAGUUUGGGACAUUUAAAACAAGAUCAACAUAAACUAUUUUUCAUAAUAACUUUUUUUUCUAGUUUACUAAAAUAAAAAAUAUAUGAAGCAACAAUUAGGUAAUUUAAUUCUACGUUUUUAGAAGCCAAGAGCGACGACUUCAGAAGCAAAUGGGUUCAGUAAUUCAGGUAGAUCAGCUCCGGAGGAAGAAGUUCAAUUAGUGAUUCCGGUACGUUCAUUUUUUGAGUAGUUCGGACUUUUUCUAUGACUUUCGUGAAGGUUUAAUAUCAUUUUAUUAAAUUUUAUACAUGGUUUAUACUUUUUUAUAAUUAUCUUUUGACUUUCAGCCCCAGGCUCUUCAAGGAGGUCAAAUAGUGAAUGGUGAAGGUCAAAGUCCUAUGGAAUACUUUGUCGUAAGUUUUUUUUUAAUUUUUUUUGGUUUCUUAGAUAUUAUUUUUUUAUUUGUUGAUAUCAUGCUACUGGCUUCAAAAACGAAUAGGUUUAUAUUAUUUUCUACCUAAAGUAAUACAUUUUUUUCGAAAAAAGAACAAUUUUAAAGUAAAAAAUGCCAUUUUAGUGCCAACCGGGUGUCGACAUGUCAGGUCUAAUGCAAGUAAGUAUGAAUGGUCAAGUGUUCGACGUCAUGCCAACCGGCGAUCCAACUCCAAUUCAACUCGUUCAAACUCCAGCUACAUCAACUUCCAGCAACUCGUAA